AUGCAAAAAUUGGACAAAAUUGAUGAAAUAUCACGUCUGUCUAAUACAAAUGAUACAAAUAUUGAUAUAUAUAUUCCUCAAAAUAUAAUAUUACAGAUUCAUGACCCAAAAAGUGACAGUAAUUGUAGGUUUCGAUCAUUAGCUAUAGCAAUUUUCGGGGAUGAAGAAUGUUGGCAAAAAAUUAAGACUAAAAUGAUAUUUUACUUGAAUGAGCAACAUGAUCUCUAUAAAAAAUUAGAAUAUGAUGUCAGUCGACUAAAAGAAGUUUUAUCUUAUACAGAUUUGGGAAUUGCUUCACCAAAUACUGGUUUUAUUCUUCAGAAUGUGCACAGCUAG